AUGAAGCUUUCCAUCAUAUAUAUGACACUAUGCAAUUUGCAUGUAUGUUUUGCAUCUUCUUUUGUAUUAGGAAAUGCAGCAAAUCAUGCAAGUACGCCUACUCGCUCUAUUUCUAGCAGCUUCUUAGAUCAGUUCUCUAAUAGGCUUAGUAUUAUUAAGCCUUCUAUAAAUUUCCAAAAUACACUGGAAAUUUCAGAAAAUGGAAUUAAUAAUGUAUUUGCAAAAUAUGAUAAAUAUAAAAAAAGUGUAGAGACCGCGCACAGCUUUAAUCUAUAUGAUGGCAAAAACAAGUUAGAUAAAAAAAAGAUAGAGCUGCAUUGUAAUACAGGAUUUAGAAGCUUGGUAGAAAAGAACCAUCAAAAUAGUUUGGUUAUAUCUAGAAUAUUAAGUAAGCUAGAUUCUUCAUUGAAUAAUGAAUUUAAAUCGAUAUUAUAUAAAGUUGACCUUAAUGAUGAAGAAGAUGAUGCAACUACCACGGAAAAAACCGCAUAUCAAAAAACAUACAUAUCCCAGCGAUAUUUAAAUAUUAUUGGGCUUCCUAAUAUUAUUAUUGAUAAAUUAAUCAAAAUAUGCAAUUCCUAUGACUAUAAAAUAACAACUGCAAAAGACGCCAAGGCCAUUCUUGAUUAUCUUGUGAAUAUGGUUUUUAAUAGUUUGGACUAUUCUACAUAUGGACUAGUUUCAGAUGCGUAUGGCGAACUGGUCAGAGCAAUUGUUUUAAAAAUUAACCUGUUUGUUACAAACGAGCUAUCUCUUUUAGAUAAAGUAAAAGAAAUAAAAAAAACAAAGCGAUUGAAAAGAAAGCUGAUGCGUGUGGUAACAAAUCUAAAUAGCAUUAAAGAAAAGACGCUAGACUUUAGAAGAUCUCUGCAGACUCAAUAUAAUUUGGUUAGCAAAAUAGGCAAUAAAACAAUCCUUCAUGUCGGUGAGUUUUCUCAAAUAAAAUUCGAUCCUACUUCUCCUAGUCAGUUAAAUUAUAUAGUUACUGUACUUAGACCAACACAUGGGGCAGAUCUUUCAGCACUCCAGGCUAGCAUUAACUCGUACAUAAACGGGCAGGAAAAGAUUAUAACAAAACUUAUCGAUAAUUAUGACAAAUCUAUAGAUAGCUCACGGCCAAGUAUAACUGCAAUUUAUAAUAUUUUUAAAUAUAAUUAUGACAAACUAUUUAAAUUAAUAGUUGGCAUCCAGUUAGAGCAAGACGCAGAAAAAAAAAUUCAAUAA